UGUCCACUGCUGUAACAACCGUGCAAAUGAAUACCGUUGUUCCAAGUGCUACAAUUUCAAACAAUUUGGACGAAGAUGAGACCGAACGAUUGCUGAUCCAAUUGCGUAAAAAACGCGAACUGUUGAUGCUUCAAGCAGAGAUUAAUCAACUUACGCUACAACAGCAAGCACCUGCUGCAAAAACCCGUUGGACUGACGUAAGUGUCAUUGAAUCAAUGAUGUCUAAAUUUACAGCCGAUGACAAUUACGAUGUGAAUAAGUGGAUUAGUGACUUGGAUGAUGCUUUUGCAAUGCUGCAAUUCGAUGAGCGUAUGAAAUUCAUUGCAUGUCGUCGUAUGUUGAGUGGAACAGCCCAGGUUUUUGCACGCACGAUUACGGUAUCCGAUUAUGAAGAGCUCAAAGCUAAACUUAUUGGUGAAUUUGGCCGCAUGCGCACAAUGAAUGAAGUGUAUCAACUGCUGAAAAAUCGACGCUUACGCCCUGAUGAAACCACCCAUCGUUACAUUUUGGAUAUGCAAGAGAUAGCGAUGUAUUCAAAAAUUACGGAAGACGAAUUGAUCGAAAUGAUUAUUAGUGGAACAGGUGACACUUCAUCAAGAAUCGGUCAUUUGUUUCCAGCACGCUCUAUUAAUGAACUGAAGGAAUUUGCGGAACGAUAUGAACGUCUACGCUUCCAACCACCAUUAGGAUCAAAACAAAUAGCAAUAAUUAAUCGUAAUGCGGCCAGUGCACUUCAGCCAACAACUCAUCGAUCAAAUGCGGCCAACGCCACGUCAGUUCGCCCUACCGCAGCUCCAACCAUGGAAACAAUCCGAUGCUACAAUUGCUCCAAAUUCGGGCAUUAUCAAAGCCAAUGUCCACUGCCGAAACGACCAGCGAACUCCUGUUUUAAGUGCUCAUCCACCGAACAUGUGUAUCGUGAAUGCCCACACCGUACCACUGUUGCUGCCGUCCUUAAUGCCAACGGAAUGAAUGAUGCUAGAGUGGAACCAAUUAGUGAAAUGCAAAUGCCCCCGCAGUUUAAUCAAACGGAGUGAAGUUCCAUUCGAAUUACCAAAUCAAUUGAAAGAGACUCAGUACAAUGGCCUAGGAAAUGAUAGACUCAAGACGUAUGGGAAUAUCAAUUGCAAAAUA